CACACACACACACUCUCGGGGGGAGAGGCAGUGUGUGAGUGGCGGAUCCUGUGGUGUGGAGUGUACUGAAGAGAGGAGAAGAGAGGAGCGGAGCGGCAGUCUCUACCAUGCCAGUGCAGGGAGAAAGGCUGGAGCGCUGUCUCUCUCUCUGUCUCUGGAGCCGGAGUCCUCUGCUGCUGCUCGGACUGUUCUCUCUUCACGCACAAGCACACGGCAACAUAUUGGACGGUAUGCUGCUAAGAGGCUCCAGUAAGGAGGCGGUGGAGAGUGGGAAGGAGAUGAGUGGCAGCACAGCGCCUGCUCUGUCCACCCCACUACUGUGGUGUCACUGCUACCACCACUGCCCAGAAGACUCCACCAACAACACGUGCAGGACCGAUGGCUUCUGUUUUACCAUGGUGGAGGAGGAGGGAGGGGUACCGGUCCAGACUGCAGGCUGCCUGGGGCUCGUCGGGUCUGAGUUUCAGUGUCGGGACACAUGGAACUUGCGUCAGAGGAGAUCGCUGGAGUGCUGCACGGACCAAGAUUACUGCAACAGAGACCUGCAUCCUACUCUGCCACCGCUCAAGCCACCUCUCUAUGUUGAUGGAAAGAUCCACCACAUGGCCUUGUUGAUCUCAGUCACUGUUUGCAGCAUCAUACUGGGCGUCAUUAUUGUCUUCUGCUACUUCAGGUAUAAGCGUCAGGAGUCUCGUCCUCGCUACAGCAUCGGUCUGGAGCAGGAUGAGACCUACAUUCCCCCCGGAGAGUCUCUGAAGGACCUGAUAGAGCAGUCUCAAAGCUCUGGCUCGGGCUCAGGCCUCCCUCUAUUGGUCCAGAGAACAAUAGCCAAGCAGAUUCAGAUGGUGAAGCAGAUCGGCAAGGGGAGGUAUGGAGAGGUGUGGAUGGGCCGGUGGAGGGGGGAGAAGGUGGCUGUCAAAGUCUUCUUCACCACUGAAGAGGCCAGUUGGUUCAGAGAGACUGAAAUCUACCAGACCGUCUUAAUGAGACACGAGAACAUACUGGGUUUUAUAGCCGCAGACAUUAAAGGCACCGGCUCCUGGACCCAGCUCUACCUGAUCACAGACUACCACGAAAACGGCUCUUUGUACGACUACCUCAAAUCCACCACCCUGGACAACAAAGCCAUGCUGCGGCUGGCCUACUCGUCUGUAUCGGGACUGUGUCACCUCCACACGGAGAUCUUCGGCACCAAGGGAAAACCCGCCAUCGCUCACAGGGAUCUGAAGAGUAAGAACAUACUGGUGAAAAGAAACGGGACCUGCUGUAUAGCUGAUCUGGGACUGGCGGUCAAGUUCAUCAGUGACACCAACGAGGUAGACAUCCCUCCCAACACCAGAGUCGGCACAAAGCGCUACAUGCCUCCAGAGGUUCUGGACGAGACUUUGAACAGAAGUCAUUUUCAGUCGUACAUCAUGGCCGACAUGUACAGCUUUGGGCUCAUUCUCUGGGAGAUCGCUCGGCGUUGCAUCUCAGGAGGGAUCCUUGAGGAGUACCAGUUGCCGUAUCAUGAGUCAGUUCCUACCGACCCUUCAUAUGAAGACAUGAGGGAGGUGGUCUGCAUCAAGAGACUACGACCAUCCUUUCCUAAUCGAUGGACCAGCGAUGAGUGUUUGAGACAGAUGGGGAAGCUGAUGACAGAAAGCUGGGCCCACAACCCGGCCUCCCGCCUCACAGCGCUGCGAGUCAAAAAGACACUUGCCAAGAUGUCAGAGUCACAGGAUAUCAAGCUGUGAGCAGCCGCUGCCAGGUGUGUGUUUACACACUUAGAAAGGGCACUAACAAUCACACUGGCACAGGCCGCACAAACUUUCUUUUUUUGUUUGUUUCUGGGAAACGGAGGCAGAACAGGAAGCAACAAGGUCACUUUGGAGAUCGCAGGAUCACAGACUUUGAGUCCAGAUGCCCAGAACCCUGCAACACAAGUCCCAUUAAAAAAAAAAAAAAAAAGAUAAAAAAGAUUACAGGACAACAGAGGUUUAUUAAAACAAUCAGGUCUCACAUGGCCCUGUUCCGUCCACCAGAGGAGACGAGACGAUCUCCUUUCACACUAGUGAGGACUCCUGCUAUAGGCUCCUGUUCACAUGCUCUGAAGGCCUUGGAGAAAACGUUUGACUUGGCACUGUAGCUGCAGAGAUAGGCAAACAACAGGCUACUGACCAGCGAGUGGAAUAAUAUAUCACUGCUUUCUGUGAAAGCUACCCUACCUGUAGAUGAAGGUCUGAUUGACAGAACUGAAGAGAUGUAAUUAAAGGCAACCUGUUACUGCAGCACCACACCUCCUUUCAAAACACUCACCCCGCUCCUGGAUUUAUAAUUUGGAGUAAAACACAUUUUGUCACUCUUUAAUUGACAGCUUUUUUAAAAAAAAUGACUGACACAAUAUGACAGAAAAUAAAAAAAAAAGGUAUUUUGAGGCUUUAAAAGUUUUGUUUACGCUGGUACCGUUUGUAGACACUGAAGAAAAGCUGUACCUGUAUGUUUGAGUUGUGAUGGUCUAUGAAAGUUGUUAAAAAGUGUAUUUUUCAUGUAAAACUCAAACUCUUCAAGACUUUAUGUGGAAAAAAAAAUAAAAUGUAUAUGUCCAAAUAAGUUGUGUAUUGAGGCUCUGCAGGCCUCUGUGUUUCCUUGCCCUCAAAAAGACCUGGAGUGAGGACAGCAGGCUCACGUGAGAUUGGGAGAAGCAGAACGGGGCCACCUGUUGACCACCCACCACAAUUACAGGAUGGAAAUCUGAAACUUGUACACGUCUUGCUUGAUGAUGUAGUGAUCUAUUGUAGAUGUGUGGAACUGUGACUGUGUUAGUUUAGGGGUAACACAAUCUGUUUAUCAAGACGGAUAACCAUCAUUCAGCUAGGCUGAGUGGAUUUUAGGCACCUGGAGCAGAAGCCAACAGUUAAUGACAUGUCAUUGUUUAUGUUUGAAAAACUGACUGGUCCUAAAAACAAAACACCAAGCUGUCGUCAAACUAUCACACCAUCAGAAUUCUCCUGACCACCAGAGGGCCUCGUUCAUGUACAGUAAAGCUCAUGUCAAACCGAUUCAAAAUAAAACGUUUGCAGGUGAAGUCAAAUGGUACUUGAGUAUACAUUUUUCAGGCGAGUUUCUCCAUUAAUUCAAAUUCACAUUUUACCAGGGCGCUGGCAGGAAAAGGUCCAUAAAAUAUCAGACUUGCAAAUUUGUGAUCUCAAAUAAAGCCCCUCUGGAAAAUGUUUGGAUUUAAGGGUCUCACAGCCUCUAUAUUGACCAGUUGUAGAGAUAAAUCUGGACCUUUCAUUACUUACUGUUAUUUUCCACACGUCCCUUAAAAGCAACAACACAUUUUUUUGUGUUAGCGGCCCAUUUGUAAAAUCCUCUGGAAACUUCCUUUGAGACGUCAAUGCAUUUCUUUUUUUGGUCUCCGCUGACUGAAAUCACGCCGUGCUCGUCACCAUCGGAGGAUUGUGUGUGACAGAUUUGUUGUGAUAUAAAUGCCCUUUCUUUCCUCUCGGGUGUUGUGCCUUAUUUAAUCUGUACCUACUGUAGUUGUCUGUGAGAGGAAGUGCUGUUUUUAUUCAGUAAAAAAAGGUUGAACAUUCCCACAAUAAAGUGUUUCACUCAUC